CAUUUUGAACUUCAGACCGGAUAUCCGGAAUAUUUCACCGUUUACCUCUGAAACGGAGCGUGCGUUGUCCUUGACACAUUGCCUCACGUGAGCACUUUUAACGUCACAAUUCCCAUUCAUAAUUACAUAAAUGCGUUUUUAGUACCCUUUAUCAUUAUUUUUUUUAACAUACUCGAGUUGGUUUCAAACUCCUAAACUCGUUCUGAGUUGAAGCUAGCAUGAGUGCUAGCAGCCGGUCAGUAUUGACGUUACUCCAGCGAUGUGUGGCUCGGAGUCACCAGACGAGCGCAAGGUGUGCGCUCAUUCAUCGGCCCAUUUGGACCUCCUCGACCUGGACAGCAUCCCCUCUUUGGGGAUUGUGUCGUCUCCAGUGCCCCCCCGUCGCGAGGAUCACCCAGCGUAGUUUGUGCAGCGAGGCGCCAUGUGAGGAAAAAUAUCCUCCUCUUCCACCCUACCAGUCUGACACGAUGCCCACCGAGACGAAGGAGGUGUACAUUGUGCAGGUGAAAGGCCUUCCUUGGUCAUGCACGGCCCAGGACCUCGUGCACUUCUUUUCAGAAUGUCGUAUCCGCGACGGCACGUCGGGUGUGCACCUGACUGUGGACCACCAGGGGAGGCCGUCGGGGCGCGCCUUCGUGGAGAUGGAGCAUGAAGAGGAUGUCAGCAAAGCGCUUGAGAAGCACCGUCAGUACCUGGGCCCUCGCUACGUGGAAGUGUAUGAGGUGACAAACAGGGACGCCGACGGCAUCCUGAAGAAAGCGGCAUUGUUUCCUGCCGAUACCCGUGUGGUUCGACUCCGGGGUCUCCCCUUCACAUGCACUGAGGAUGACAUUGUGCACUUCUUCUCUGGUUUGGAGAUCAUGGAGAAAGGCAUCACUAUGGUGAUAAAUAGCAGAGGGAGAAGGUCUGGGGAGGCUUUUGUGUGGUUUUCCUCACAGGAAGCAGCCGAUGAAGCUCUCCAGAGAGACAGAGAGCUCAUUGGAAACAGAUACAUUGAAGUGUUUCCCAGUAGUAGUCAAGAGAUUCACUCAGGCUGGAGGAGUUCCUCUCAGGGUGUAAACGACACAACGACCAGGAAGAGAUUCGGCCCCGGACUCACGGCCGCCACACCUGCCAGGCCAGCUGCUGCUUCAUUUCCUAACCCUAAAUUCACCAACCUGUCCCAUCACAUCCACUUGAGAGGACUUCCCUUCCACAUCUCUGGAGAGGACAUUGUUAAGUUCUUUGCCCCUCUGGUGGUGUCCAGGAUCCGCCUGGACCUGGGACCUGACGGCAGGCCGAGUGGCGAGGCCGACGUUUACUUUGCCUGCCAUAAGGACGCUGUGGUGGCCAUGUCCAAGGACAGAAUGUACAUAGGUGAAAGAUACAUUGAGUUGUUCCUCAAUUCAGUACCUGACAACCAGAGUUGAAAAUCAAAAGACCUUCAACAUCAGAUUACAGUCUUUAUUCAAGAGGAAUUCAACAAUAAACUUCUGCUGGUAUAAAAACAUGGACAUCUCCUUUGUUUUGCAUUUGAAUAGAAUGUUUAAAAUUCAACAUUUUAUACGUGCUUCUCAACAAAGCAGCUUCAAAGAAAACAACUAAUUUGUCAGAUUAAAAAAAUACAAUGCAAGAAUAAAUUAAGUUAUGUUGUUGAAAUAAAAUCUGAGUUCCCCCAUUAAAAAAAAAAACAAACAAAAACAUUUGGAUAUGCAUCAUUUUGCUUGUUGACAUGAUUUGAUAGGUUUUCAUACCAAAAGAGAAAAGUAUCUAGUCUAUAGGAGUUGCACAAAGCUUUGAUUCCAUGCCAUUGGAAGCACUUUAUAAAUAAACCAGUCAACAGGGUUUAAAAACAUCAAUUUAUUAUUGAAGCAUUUCUGUGAUAUUAUUUUCUCAACAAAAAGAUAACAUUCAGCAACUUGAAAUGAUUUUGACUUGUUUGUAAAAGUGCUCCAAACAUGAAGACAUGAGCAAACUUUGUGGAUUAUUUGCCUUUAUUUCAAGCAGAUGUGUUCAUUUUUUUAAAAUCGAAAAAAUAGAGAUUAAAAGAUUGUAAGUUUGCCUUACAUCAUUAAAACAGUCUUGUUUCCAUUUGACAACCAGGUGAAAUGUCCCAAUGACUAGACAAAAUGGCACUUUUUUGGGGGGGAGGGCGGAUACAGUGACUCUUUGCUACGUUAUUCAUGCCCCAGCAAUACUGUAUUGCACAUUUCUUAGUGACGUUUUUUUUUUUUUUCAAAUGUGUUUUU